AUGGCUGUUACGAAAGGAGAAGAGAAGGGCGAAUCCUCAACAUCAGCGGCAAAAAAUGUCUUGAAAGCCAAUACCAAUGGCAUACCUAAUUAUGAACUCCCUUGGGUUGAGAAAUACCGGCCUGUGUUUCUGGACGACAUUGUGGGAAAUACGGAAACAAUCGAACGUUUAAAAAUCAUUGCAAAAGAUGGGAACAUGCCACAUGUUAUCAUAUCUGGAAUGCCUGGCAUUGGGAAAACAACUUCGGUAUUGUGUCUUGCGAGACAAAUGCUAGGCGAUUCAUAUAAGGAAGCUGUUUUGGAACUUAAUGCUAGUGACGAAAGAGGUAUCGAUGUUGUGCGAAACCGCAUCAAAGGCUUUGCCCAGAAAAAGGUUACGCUGCCUCAAGGACGACAAAAGCUCGUCAUCUUGGACGAAGCUGAUAGUAUGACCUCUGGAGCCCAACAAGCUUUGCGCAGGACGAUGGAAAUAUACUCGGCUACAACAAGAUUUGCUUUCGCCUGCAAUCAAUCAAAUAAGAUCAUCGAACCCCUCCAAUCCCGAUGUGCGAUCCUUCGAUACUCCCGCUUAACAGAUGCACAAGUCGUCAAGAGGUUAUUGCAGAUAAUCGAAGCCGAAAAGGUCGAAUACAGCGAGGAUGGAUUGGCUGCACUAGUCUUUACAGCGGAAGGUGACAUGCGGCAAGCCAUUAACAAUCUUCAAUCAACAUGGGCGGGGUUUGGGUUCCUCAGUGGAGACAAUGUCUUCAAAGUAGUCGACUCACCCCAUCCUAUCAAAAUCCAAGCUAUGCUUAAAGCGUGUUACGAAGGGAAGGUCGACGCUGCAUUAGAAACUCUGAAAGAGCUUUGGGAUUUGGGAUAUUCUAGUCACGAUAUCAUCAGCACGAUGUUCAGAGUGACGAAAACUAUACCAACCCUUAGCGAACACGCCAAAUUGGAGUUCAUUAAGGAAAUUGGAUUCACACAUAUGAAGAUUCUAGAUGGUGUACAGACGCUGCUUCAACUGAGUGGGUGCGUUGCCAGGCUGUCUAAGCUCAACAUGGACCCAAAGAAAUUCGUGGUCAAGUCAUGA